UCUGACUAUUAGAAUUUCGUAUGUCACUACGUCAUUUCCAUGCACGCUUAAUUCCAAGAUGCUAGGGGAACUAUCUCGUACUUAAGUCGGCAAUAUCCAGCUGCAUUGUGUUGUGGUCUAUGAACUGCCUUCGUCCACCAUUAGUGUCACUCUCUUUGAACCAAUUUAUAUAAACAACUUUCUCGUUGCUUGUCCUACCAUUGGUGAUUAAUCUGUUGCACUAGGCAAACAGGACCAGCCUGCAAGUUAAUUAAGUAGCAAUGGAGAAACUCGAGCUUGUUGAUGGUAAGGUGAAUUGGAAGGGGGAAACAGCUGUGAAGCACAAGCAUGGAGGACUGAGAGCUGCUUUGUUCGUUCUACUGGCGUUUGCAUUUGAGAACUUGGCAAAUCUUCAUUUGGCCGUCAACCUGACGACUUACUUCAAUGGGAUUUUGCACUUCGAAGUAUCUGAUGCAGCUAAUGCUCUAACCAACUUCAUGGGGACUGGUUAUAUCCUUUCCAUUAUCUUUGCUGUCUUCGCAGACACUUAUAUUGGCAGAUUUAAAAGUAUUCUCAUUUCUGGAUCCGUUGAGUUCCUGGGACUAGCAUUGCUCACAGCGCAAGCUCACUAUUCGAGCCUCAGGCCACCGCCUUGUAACGUCUUCGAUCCGACUUCUCGUUGCGAGAAACUUGAAAGUAGUGAUACUGUGUUCCUCUACGUUGCUCUAUACUUGGUUGCUGCGGGAAUGGCGGGGAUUAAAGCCUCGAUACCAUCCCAUGGAGCUGAUCAAUUCGAUGAGAAAGACCCUCGAGAAGCUAAGACAAUGUCCAGUUUCUUCAACGGUUUAUUGUUCGCCUUGUGCAUUGGUGGUGCAGUUAGUUUAACGCUCUAUGUCUGGCUUGAUGAUCAUAAAGGAUGGGAUGUUGGAUUCGGAGUCUCUGCCAUCGCCAUGUUCUUGGCUCUCAUCGUUGCUGUAUUGGGAUGGCCAUUGUAUAGGAUACAUGUGGUUCAAGGAAGUAGUGUCCUUCUGGAACUCAUUCAGGUUUUUGCUGCAGCAAUCCGCAAUAGAAAUCUUAAACUCCCUGAGAACCCUCUGGAGCUUUAUGAGAUUGACAAAGACAAGGAAGCUGCUUUGGAAGAUGAUUUCCUGCCUCACAGAGACGUUUACAGGUUCCUGGAUAAAGCAGCCAUUAAAACAGCAUCUGAGAAACCAAAUCCAUGGAAGCUCUGCAGGGUAACCCAAGUAGAAAACGCAAAGAUCUUACUUGGAAUGACCCCAGUUUUCGCUUGUACCAUAAUCAUGACCCUUUGCUUAGCUCAACUCCAAACCUUUUCAGUCCAACAAGGCCUUACGAUGGAUACAACAAUCGUUGGCUCUUUCCACAUCCCACCUGCUUCUCUACCAAUCAUUCCUGUUGUUUUCUUGAUCUUCAUAAUCCCCUUCUAUGACCAAAUUGCUGUUCCCCUUCUCCGUAAGGUCACUGGCCAUGUCACCGGGAUCUCUCACCUUCAACGUAUAGGAGUUGGCCUCAUCCUCUCCUCCAUAUCCAUGGCUACCGCUUCAAUCAUGGAAGUGAAGCGCAAAUCCGUGGCUCGAGACCACAAUAUGCUGGAUGCUUUACCAGUGCUCCAACCAUUGCCCAUCAGCGUCUUCUGGCUCUCAUUCCAGUACUUCAUUUUUGGAAUUGCAGACAUGUUUACCUAUGUGGGUCUUCUUGAAUUUUUCUAUUCUGAAGCUCCUCAAGGACUUAAAACCGUAUCCACUUGCUUCUUGUGGACUUCCAUGGCACUUGGCUACUACCUCAGUACCAUUCUGGUUCAGAUAGUGAAUCGUGCAACAAAACAUAUUACAAACAGUGGGGGUUGGUUAGCUGGCAACAAUAUUAACAAGAAUCAUCUCAAUCUCUUCUACUUGUUACUUGCUUUGCUGAGUUUGGUCAAUUUCUGUGUGUAUUUGUUUGUUUCUUCGCGUUAUAAGUACAGGUCUAAGAACUAAGAUGGACCCAAGACAGAAGCCAACUAGACCUUCAUUUUAUUCCAUUUCCGCUUUAUGUUUAUGUCAAAUUAAGUUGGUGACAAGAUGUAGAGAUCGAGUUCCAAAUGUAUUUGUAUUUGUAUUUUCAUAUUAUGUUGUUUGAUGAUAUAAAAGUAAAACCCCAAACUCAAUUUGUAUUCA